AGGAAAUGUCACAUAAUUCCGUGUCAUCAUCAACUUCCGGAUCGGUGGAAAGUGAUUUGUGGGAGGAGGAAAAAGUGAAUAUGGAGAAUUUCAUACUCAUACGAGUCCUUGGGAAAGGAGCUUAUGGAAAAGUAUUUUUGACACGGAAAGUUGGAGGACGUGAUCAUGGAGCAAUCUAUGCGAUGAAGGUGUUGCGUAAAAGUCGUGUUAUCACAAAAGCAAAAACACUGCAGCACACAUUAUCCGAACGUCAUGUACUGGAACGCCUCAAAGGGUUGCCAUUCUUGGUUGAAAUGAUUUAUGCAUUCCAGUCCGAUUCCAAACUGCACAUUGUUAUGGAGUUCAUCAAAGGUGGCGAAUUAUUUACGCAUUUAUGCAAUAAAGGAUCAUUUGAUAUACAGUCAGCGAAGUUCUACAUAGCAGAAUUGGUGGUUGCCAUUGAUAGCGUUCACAAGCGAAAAGUUGUGUAUCGAGACUUGAAACUGGAAAAUGUUCUCUUGGAUGAAAAUGGACAUAUCAAAUUAACAGAUUUUGGGCUAAGCAAGGAACUGAAAGACAAUGAGUUACACAGGGCAAAUUCGUACUGUGGCACCAUAGAAUACAUGGCACCGGAAGUAGUGGAACGGACGGCAGAAGGGUAUGAUGAAACAGUAGAUUGGUGGAGCCUAGGUGUUAUUGCAUUUGAAUUAUUGACAGGAUGUUCACCCUUCACAGUUGAUGGGCAUUCAAAUACAAGCAGAGAUAUUGCAAGACGAAUCCUCACGAAACCUGUCCCAUUUCCAAGAAAUUUUAAUAAAUUCGCUUUGGAUUUCAUUAAUCGUUUGUUGGAAAAAUCAGCUUGGCGACGUUUGGGCAGAAAUGGUGUUGAUGAAAUCAAGAAUCAUCUUUUCCUUGCCGACAUUGACUGGCAUCAGUGUGAAAAGCAUGAGCUGGAACCACCAAUUAUACCGAAAAUUUCAAACGACAUGGAUGUAACGAAUUUUGCUCCUGAGUUCACAAAUCAGAUGCCAGUCUAUUCACCAGCUGAUACUCCAUUUGAUACGCGCAAUCUUUUCCGGGGCUACUCGUUUGUGUCGCCAUCGGUAAUGUUCGCUAAUAAUAACGUAAUUGGUGAGGAAUGUCUGGCGGAGGAUUUCAGGACCCUGGUUUCGGUUUCCCCUUUCUUCUCUAAGUAUAAGUUGGAUCGCUCAGAAAGCGGUCUUCUUGGAAAAGGGUCAUUUUCGAUUUGCAGGAAAUGCGAAAGGUUAUCGGAUGGAGUUUCAUUUGCUGUGAAAAUAGUUUCUCAGCGCUUUCAAGCUCAGGCAAGUCGAGAAGCUAGCAUCCUGAAUUUAGUUAGUGGACAUCCGAACAUUGUUCGCCUCAUUGAUGUUCAGUCGGACAGUCUACACAUUUAUUUGAUAAUGGAAUUACUUGAGGGUGGAGAGUUGCUCACUAGAAUUAAGAAGAUGGAAACAUUUACAGAGGCUCAGGCUGGUAGGAUAAUGAAACAGCUCGUAUCGGCGGUCGCAUAUCUUCAUUUCAGAAACAUCGUGCAUCGUGAUUUGAAGCCGGAGAAUAUUCUUUUUGAAAGCAGUGAACCGCAGGCAAAACUGCGUCUGAUCGAUUUUGGGUUUGCCCGUCUUCUGCCAUCAGGAACAGAAAAUUUGAUGACUCCUUGUUUCACCUUGCACUAUGCAGCACCAGAAGUCCUGGAGAGCGAUGACCAGUUACCACAGUAUAAUGAACAAUGUGAUCUUUGGAGUCUUGGAGUUAUUUUGUUCACGAUGCUGAGUGGCAAUGUACCUUUCCAUGCACGUAGCAAAUACGAAUCAGCGACCGAUAUUAUGAGGCGGAUUCGGAAUGCUGAAUUCUCGUUUGAUGCAUCCCAAUGGCGAGAUAUCAGUACAGAAGCAAAGACUUUAAUUGCUUUGUUGUUAACUGUUGAUCCAACGAAGCGUUUAUCUUUGGACGAACUACAGUGCCAUCCAUGGUUGUUAAGUGCUGCUGCGCAAAAUGAAACACCGCUUCAGACACCGACAACACUGUUAAAGUCUCAAUUACAUACCGAGGAAACAUUUAAUGAAACUAUGAAUGCAUUUCUGAAUGCUAACCGUGAAGGAUUUCACUUAAUGGAAGUUGCUGCAGCUCCACUGCUUGUGAAAAGACGUGGCAUGAAGCGAAAGAGCUUCCGUUCACGUGAGCCUUCUCCCGAAUUUGAAUCGACAACAAAUAAAAAAGCUACGGUCAUUGGCCCGCUUGAAACAGUACCAGAAGUCGCAUCACCCCAACUUUCACGUCCGUCACUACUGUUCAUGCAGUCAUCAUCCAUGGAUUACAGGAACUCGAAGUCCCCCAUACUUCGAGAUACUGGAGACUUGACAUAGUUUCUCGAUCUAGAAUUUAAAUCAAUUAGAAAUUAUCUAUACAUAAUGCAGCUGGUGCAUUACUUAUCAAAAUAGCAUGUUUAGCAUUCAUUAAUAAUUCCUUGGGAAAAUGAUAUGAAAGUCAUGAAUUGUAUUAUUUAUU